AUGGUAUACAUAUGUAUUGUUAAAGAUUGCCUUAACUCUAUUAGAGAUAUUAUAAAUUGGAAGAAUUUAUUCUGUGAAGAACAUGGGUGUCUUAGAAAAUCUGAUUUAUGUUACUGUAAUCCACCUUUCAGGCUGUUUCCAUUCCCUAUCACAUUAAAAUGCUCAAUUAAAAGGAACACUUGGAUAAAAUUAAUUAACAGAAAAACAAAAGAAAGAAAAUACUGGGAACCAUCAAAAGACAGUCGUGUUUGCUCCAACUAUUUUGUUGACAAAGAAGCAAGCAUAGAAUUUCCUAACCCAACUUUAAAUCUUGGAUAUAAUGCAACUGAAAAAUCUGAGAUGCUUUUAUCUACAGAAAUGUUUUAUAAACUUCAUGAAAAAAUUUCACCUCUAAUAAAGAGACAUUAUCGUCAAAAAGAUGAGAGCAAAGAAAGGCGUAAUUUUCAAUCAACACCAGAAAAAAUAGGACCACUAAGAAAAUUGGUUUCACAAGAUGAAAUGCUUAUAUGUUUAAUGAAACUCCGACUGGGGUUACUAACAACAGACUUAUCAGACCGCUUUGGUAUUUCAGAAGGUUUAUGCAGCAGUAUUUUCAAAUCUUGGUUAAGGGCCUUAGCAGAGUAUUUAAAAAGUUUUGUUUAUGCACCAGACCUUGGAACAAUAAUUGCAACAACACCUGAAAGAUUUCAUCAGUUUAAAAACUUAUUUGCUAUUAUUGAUUGUUCAGAAAUAUUCAUAGAGACACCAAAAGACUCAGAACUUCAGAGUGCAACUUGGUCUGAAUAUAAGCAUCAUAACACCUUAAAGUUUCUUAUUGGUGUUGCACCAAAUUCAAGUAUUAUAUUUGUGUCAAAAGCAUUUACAGGACGAAUUAGUGACAAAAAGAUAACCUUUGACUCUAAGUUUCUUGAGCUGGUUCCAAGUUAUUCAUUGAUGGCUGAUAAAGGUUUUAACCUUAUUGAAGAAUGUGUUGCAAGAAAAAUUUAUUUUAUUACUCCAUCUGGUCGUAGAGGCACCUCACAGAUGAUACCAAGUGGUGUAAGCAAAACUAGUGCUAUUGCUAAAGUUAGAAUAUUAGUUGAACAGGUUAUAAGAAGAUUAAAAACCUUUCGAAUUAUAUCACAGGAAGUGCCAAUUAGUUUAAUGCCAUGUAUUGAUGAUAUUCUAGUAGUUUGCUCUGCAUUGUGCAAUUUUAAAGAACCUAUCAUGACAGAUUAA